CUUUGGGAUAAAGUUUUGGGAACGAGAACGCUCUGGGUACGAGAAUAGUCAAACACAUGACUGUUGCGCAAGGUUGACGCCGUCCUACGUACUGUCCUUCUUCUGGCCGCUUCAGGAGCCAAACGUUAAAAUUUUUGCCGCAGUAGGUUGACAGAAAGUACAAGAAAGGUUUAGGUUCUUCGCUGUGUGAAGAGGAGUCGAAGAAACGAUGCUGAACAGGGUUUUCAGUGGCCCGAACGCCAGGGUGGCGGCGGCACAACUCUUGCGGAAGAGUAAGAGUACUGCAGCUCCGGCGGCACAAACACAAGCCAAAGAUGUAACAGAAAAGCCCAAAGUAAAGUUUGAUUGGCUGGAUGCUCUGAACCUGGAGAGUCAGCUGACAGAAGAGGAGGUUAUGGUGAGGGACCAGUUCCGCAGCUACUGUCAGGAGAAACUCAUGCCCAGGAUACUCAUGGCCAACAGGCACGAGAACUUUGACAGAGAGAUAAUGUCAGAGAUGGGACAGCUGGGAGUACUGGGUCCUACCAUCAAGGGUUAUGGCUGUGCAGGAGUGUCGUCUGUAGCCUAUGGGUUGAUAGCCAGAGAAGUGGAAAGAGUUGACAGUGCGUACAGGUCAGCCUUCAGUGUGCAGUCCUCCCUCGUCAUGCAUCCCAUCAAUGCCUACGGCUCCGAGGUACAGAAGCGCAAGUACCUCCCUAAACUUGCAACGGGAGAGCUGGUUGGUUGCUUUGGUCUGACGGAGCCCAAUCACGGCAGCGAUCCUGGUGGGAUGGAGACACGGGCCAAAUGGGACGAGAACAAAAAGUGCUACAUCCUGAAUGGGGCAAAGUCAUGGAUCACCAACUCUCCUGUAGCUGAUGUGUUUAUAGUGUGGGGGAAGUGUGAGGAUGGCCGUGUGCGUGGGUUUAUCCUGGAGAAGGGCAUGGGCGGGCUGUCUGCGCCCAAGAUCGAGGGGAAGUUCUCCCUACGCGCCUCCAUCACAGGACAGAUAGUCAUGGAGGAUGUGGAGGUCCCACAGGACAACUUGCUGCCUGGUGUUCAUGGCUUGGCGGGUCCCUUUGGUUGUCUGAACAAUGCCAGAUUUGGUAUUGCCUGGGGAACUCUGGGAGCAGCUGAGUUCUGCCUGGAGACAGCCAGACAGUACACCAUGGACAGAAUCCAGUUUGGUGUGCCGCUGGCCCGUAAUCAGCUGAUUCAGAAGAAGAUGGCGGACAUGCUGACAGAGAUCUCCCUCGGACUGCAGUCAUGUUUACAAGUAGGACGUCUCAAGGAUCAGGACAGAGCCACUCCAGAAAUGAUCUCCCUGAUCAAGAGGAACUCGUGUGGGAAGUCCCUGGACAUCGCGCGGGCGGCGCGGGACAUGCUGGGAGGGAACGGGAUCUGUGACGAGUACCACGUCAUCCGCCAUGUCAUGAACCUGGAGGCCGUCAACACUUACGAAGGAACACAUGAUAUCCAUGCACUGAUCCUGGGGAGGGCCAUCACUGGGAUACAGGCCUUCAUGAACAAGUAGCCAUGUGCC